GCGCUGCGCGGAGUCGGCCGCGCUGUCCCGCUCGCUCCGCAUCGCCCCUUCGCAGCCCCCGCCGCGGCCCCGACCCGUGCAGCCAUGGCCAGCGGGGGCCUGCAGCUCCUGGGUUUCGUGCUGGCCUUCCUGGGCUGGAUUGGCAUCAUCAUCAGCACGGCCAUGCCCCAGUGGAAGAUGGCAUCCUACGCGGGGGACAACAUCGUGACGGCCCAGGCGCUCUACGAAGGGCUCUGGAUGUCGUGCGCCAUGCAGAGCACGGGGCAGAUCCAGUGCAAGGUGUACGACUCGCUUCUCAAGCUGGAGAGCAGUCUGCAGGCCACUCGGGCAUUGAUGGUGGCUGCAAUUCUCUUGGGCCUUGUUGCUGUAUUUGUUGCUGUGACUGGUAUGAAAUGCAUGAAGUGCAUGGAAGAGGACCAAGUGAAAAAGAUGCGUAUGGCUGUCUUUGGCGGAGUGAUUUUCAUCAUUGCAGGAAUGGCAGCACUGGUGGCCACAUCGUGGUAUGGCAAUAGAGUGGCUCGGGCCUUCUAUGACCCUUUCACCCCUGUCAACACCAGAUUUGAAUUUGGAUCAGCCCUCUUCAUUGGCUGGGCAGCUGCUUCGCUGGCAAUGCUGGGAGGAGCCUUCCUCUGCUGCUCCUGCCCCCGGAGAGAAACCUCCUAUCCACCCACCCGAGGCUAUCCAAAAAAUGCCCCCUCCACAGGGAAGGAUUACGUAUAAUGAAAUGAUGAAGAGGAGCCACCAACACUGAUAGUGAAGAAUCCUCUGGAGAGGACGCUACAAUGCUACUGUCCUGAACAGAGCUCAGACUUUCCAAGUUCUGCCUUCCUCUUUUCCACCAAAUGUGUAUAUUUUUGUAUCCUCUUUGCUACUGGACAUAACUUCUCCUUUCUCUCCCAGCCCAUGGAGGAAGGCUAGCCUAGGUUCAUGAGUAUUGCCGCUGGAAAGAUGAAGCCUCUGAGCUUGGGUUAACUUCAGUAUUUGGGAGUAAAAGGGAAAAUGAUACUGUUUUUAGAUGGAUGUUGGUGCUUUUUUAGUGUUUUUUUUUUUAAUUAGAUGGUAACAAUUCAGUCUCGAUACCCAUUAAGGUAGAGCCCAUUGUCAUGUGUGUAGAAGUUAAAAAUAUAUAUACGCAAAGUGAUAAAGGCAGUGCUAAGGGGAAACAAUUUUAGGGCAAAGACUUCCCAUACAGGAAUGCUUGAAGAGAUUCUACAGUUCUUUUGUACUUUCAUUGGCACCCUCUUCACCUUCCUCUGCAUAGAUUGGCAAGAUGAAGGGUUAGACAAAAUGUGCAACUGUCCAUGUACAUGCUGUUCACCAGCAGAAGAUGCAGUGUAAUGUGACUCGGUUCAGUCCCAUGUCACUCUGAGGUCUAGUAAAUUGAUCAUAUCUGCCAGAGACUGUGAGAUGGUGAACUCCUAAAGCAACUGCAGGUUUCCAUAGUGUCAGGGAAGAGCUAGUGAAAAUCAAUUCCUUUCAGAUUUCAGUGCAUGGUUCUCAGUGGGGCUAUCAUUGCCAUCCCUUAGAGAUGCUGAGUGUUGCAAGUGACUUUCUGAUAGUCUAACUCUUAAUCUUGGAGCUUGAACUUUUAUUCCUUUGUGUAAUGAGGUACCUCUAACAAACUCUCCUCUUGAAAUCAUUCACUUCUCUAGAAUAUCAGCUCAUUUUUUCUACCUCUGUUUUUGGCCAUUUUUUCACAUUUAUGAUCUCUUCUGAAACCAUCCAUUCAGCCCUUUCUCCAUGUGUGUGUUCUGGUGCUCCUCCUCCUCUGGUGCUCCCUAUGUUCUGGAGAUGGCCAGGACUCCCCCAGCCGUUCAGUCCCAGGCCUGUGUCCUGCUGUAACCUGGAGGGAUUAAGAAAUGCCUCAUUUAUUACAUGAGCACUUUCCACAUGGAGCACAGUGACAGACAUGUUUUACUGCUACAUACAGUUCCCUGUUCAAUCUGCUGUUGUUCUUCUAUCUCAGACUUGCCUUGUAACCACUUAACCUCUGCCUUUUCCCUCCCUCACACAUACCAGAUCUAUUAACUUAGCUCCUCUUGGUUGUUCAUGCAUUUAAACCUAAGACUAGCUUCUGGAUUGACUUUCAUGUUUCUGCCCUCUCAAGUCUGCAGUUCUUUCUAAUUUGGAAUGUUAUGAAUUGCUGAUUUUGGUUUGCCUUAUGCAGUUAAAUGUUAAACCAAACAGUGCACUGCCAACCCUUGAUGUUUCUCCAAGGAUACCUCACAUACUGCUAUUUGAUUCUGUUCUCUUAAGCAUUUUCAGUGAUGAGAUAUAAAGGCAUAUUAUAAGAAAACUGACUCAAAGGUUAGAGCAUUUUCUUUUUAAUCAAAGCUCAAAGAGGAAGAAACAUAUCACUUUCAAAAUAAAGCCAUCAUUGCAUAUAAAGUCAUAUCUGAAAAAUGCAGUUAAUAAAAGGUUUCCACCCCUUCCUCUGAAAAACCCUGUUUUCAAUGUUGUAAUAAACUGAGUGAGGUUGGCUAGAGUUUAAAUCUCAUACUCCUAGAAGGAUGGUGUCAGCUCUCCAAAGCUCAGACUUCCUGUUCCUGAGGAAGGAAGAUGGUUGCUUCUAACCAGGCUUAUAAUUGUGUAUAUGUUCAGAGGCAUUGGACUUACUGAUUUCCUUCUGCAGAUAGCUCAGCCCAAGGCUCUCCCUAUGUACAACCGUGGCGUCAGUGGUUUAAGCCUUGUACCUUUGUGUGACCUCUUGCUGUAACAUGAAUCAAAUUUACUAAAAGAAACCAACCAAAGUAUCUGCUUUUGGCUUGAGUUGACGGUGGCCUGUAUGUGGAGAUGGCUCAUGUAGCUUCCAUUUCUCCAAUGGGAGUUGCCUGUGCACAGUGGCUGCCUUGUGUGACCUCAUUUUGGUGGCAGCUUGGGUCAUCUCAGACAGCUGCUGAGGUCUGUGCUUUUAUAUUUGCAUUAACCCUGAGCCAGGGAGCAGAUGCUUGUAUUAGGAACUUGUAUGAAGUGUUUAAACAGUUUCAAUAAAUUGACUUUUUUUUAGAGAAAA